AUGACAGGCAAAUUUCUUUUUCAAAGAGCCGCACAAUACAUUGAUCUGUGUCUGUUGUCGCCAGAAACAUCGAGAGUGUAUGAUUCGGCAACCUACAAUGUCAUUGAUUUCCAUGAUGGUAACUGUCUUCGCAGAGCAGAGAACAAAACAGAUAUUUCAAGUGACAACCACAUGACUGGAGACCUUGAGGAUGGUUCUUCUAUAGCCGCCCGCAUCCUUUAA